AUGGGUGUCUAUGCUGUGGAUAUCUGUCGUGUUUGUCCCAGAGGUCAGGUGUUUUCGGACUGUGUGUCCUCCUGUCCCCCCAGCUGUGCAUCUCCCCAACCCCCAGGGCCUGUUGUAGCUGUUGGCCAGUGCAGGGAGGAGUGUGUGAGUGGCUGUGAGUGUCCGCUGGGCCUCUACCUUCACCAGGGACUCUGUCUAAAAAGAGACGAUUGUCCUUGUUUCCAUCGCAGGCGCACCUACCCGUCAGGGGACAGGAUACAGCAGAGAUGCAACACCUGUGUGUGCCAGGCAGGCCAGUGGCAUUGUACUGGGGAGAAGUGUGCGGCCCAGUGCAGCCUGAUUGGGGCAUUACAGGUGACCACCUUUGACAAAAAGAGGUAUUCAGUAAAGGGUGGAGACUGUCCAUUCACUGCUGUGGAGGACUUUGUUGACGGGAAGCUUGUGGUGAAUGUGCACUUUGGGGAGUGUACUGCAGGAGGAGGAGCAGGUGGCCGGGGUUGUCUAAGGGAGAUGUCAGUGACAGCACUCCGUACCACAGUCACCAUCACAGACACUGGUACAGUGACAUUGAAUGGCCAGAGAGAGGCAUUGCCUGUGGUGACAGGGGACUUGGUUGUGCGUAGGGCCUCCUCUUCAUUUCUCCUAAUCCAGACUUUUGGAGCCCAGCUACUCUGGUACCUAGAUGGUCCCUUAGCCCUCAUCACCUUGCAACCUGGGUUUGCAAACAAGGCGUGUCAUGAUGUGGUGGAGCGGGAGCCCUAUUUCCGUCUCUGUCUGUCAGAGGUUUGUGGGUGCGCUCCACAGAAGGUCUGUCACUGCACUGUCCUCACUGCCUAUGCCCGACACUGCGUUCAGGAGGGUGUUGCAGUCCAAUGGCGCAACCACACCUUCUGCCCUGUCCAGUGUCCAGGGGGUCAAGUGUACCAGGAGUGUGGACAUGCAUGUGGGGGCUCCUGUUCAGACCUGAGGCAGGGCUUGAGCUGUGAUGAUAGUGGUGGAAUGGGCCUCAGGAUGUGUGUUCCAGGUUGCCAGUGCCCACCAGGACUAGUGCAGGACCACCAGAGCCAAUGUGUGCCCAUCACCAUGUGCCCCUGUGUGCAAGAAGACAAGACGUACCAGCCUGGGGCUGUUUUACAGAACAAUUGUAAUACCUGUCGAUCUCAGUACUGUUUCUGUUCCCUCUCCUCUUCGCUUCGCAGUGUGUGCGAGCAGGGGCACUUUAACUGCACACGGGAGCGCUGUGAGGAGGUGAACCCGUGUCCAGGCUCUCUGGUCUACUCUCCACGCUCCUGCCUCCUCACCUGCUCCAGCCUGGACGCUUCUGGCCAGCAGCAGAAGCCCAGUGUUGGACAGUCGAGCUGCAAAGAGCCCCUGUCUGGCUGUGUCUGUCCCCAGGGAACUGUGCUACUAGGUGAUCGCUGCGUUCUGCCAGAUGAGUGUCCAUGUCGCCAUAAUGGUCGACUUUACUAUAGCAAUGACACAAUCACUAAGGACUGCAACACAUGUGUGUGUAAGGAGCGCCGCUGGCACUGCAGCCAGUCUGCUUGUGCUGGUGUGUGCGUGGCAACUGGGGAUCCACACUAUGUGACAUUCGAUGGCCGCUGUUACUCUUUCCUGGGUGACUGCCAGUACGUGUUAGCAAGGGAGACCAGUGGUUUGUUCAGUGUCACAGCGGAGAAUGUGCCCUGUGGGAGCACCGGGGUCACCUGCACAAAGUCAGUCACCCUCAUCCUGGGACAUACCAUCAUACACCUGCUGAGAGGUAAAGCUGUGACAGUGAACGGGAUGCCAGUGGCUCUACCAAAGUCCUACAGUGGCAGUGGUCUGACUCUGGAAAGAGUUGGCCUGUUUGUGUCCCUCUCCUCCCGACUUGGAGUCACUCUGCUAUGGGAUGGGGGUAUGCGUGUGUAUGUGCGUCUGGCUGCUCACCUCCGGGGUCGGGUCGGGGGCCUGUGCGGUAACUUUGAUGGGGAUACAGAGAAUGACUUCACAACACGGCAGGGCAUCGUGGAGUCUACAGCUGAGCUAUUUGGAAACUCCUGGAAGGUCAGCCCCUCCUGCCCUGACGUGGCAGAUCAGGAUCUCCGAGACCCCUGUAGCCUGAACCCCCAUAGAGUGACGUGGGCCAGGAAAAGGUGUGCAGUCCUGACCCAGGAUCUCUUCUCCCAGUGCCACCCUGAGGUGCCCUUCCAGCAGUAUUAUGACUGGUGUGUCUUUGAUGCUUGUGGCUGUGACUCAGGUGGGGACUGCGAAUGUCUUUGCACAGCCAUUGCUGCCUAUGCUGAGGAGUGUAACCGCCAAGGGGUGUACAUCCGCUGGAGGUCACAGGAACUCUGUCCUCUACAGUGUGAGAAUGGGCUGGUGUACGAUCCCUGUGGUCCAGCUUGUUCUCCCUCUUGUCCCAGCUUUCAGCAGAGUCCACACUCCCAAUGUGGCGCCCUCUCCUGUGUGGAAGGCUGCUUCUGCCCUGCUGGCACUGUCCAACAUGGAGACAGCUGUGUUGUUCCCACUGAGUGUGCAUGUGAGUGGGAGGGCUCUAUGUUUCCUCCUGGAACCACCAUCUCUCGAAACUGCCAAAACUGUUCCUGUGAGGAUGGUGUGUGGCAGUGUGAGGGUUUGGCCUGCCCUCCUCCCUCCCCUCCCUGUCUAGAAUCAGAGUUUACCUGUGCUCGGGGGCGUUGCAUCCCCUCUCAGUGGGUGUGUGACAAUGAUGAUGAUUGUGGCGAUGGUUCAGAUGAGCUCUGUCCAUCCACCUGCUCUCCAAACCAAUUCCGCUGUACCAGCACACCAAGUGGACCAUGUUUGAACCUGGCUCUGCGUUGUGAUGGCCACCCAGACUGUGCUGACCAUUCAGAUGAGGAGUUUUGUGGACCUGCCACCCCCGUGCCCCUGUGCCCACCGGGGGAGUUUCAGUGCGCUAACGGAAAGUGUCUGACAGCCAGUCGUGUGUGUGAUGGACGGCUGGACUGUGGCUUUGCUGACGGCUCCGAUGAGCAAGACUGUGGCGUGGUGUGUGACGAAGGGGAGUUCUUGUGUGCUGGAGGACGUUGCAUUCUUUACCUGCACCAUUGUGAUGGACAUGAUGACUGUGGGGACCUCAGUGAUGAGAGGGGUUGUGUUUGUGCACCAGGGGAGUUUCAGUGCCCAGGGGACCAGUGUGUCCCUGCAGACAGGGUAUGUGAUGGACACAGUGACUGCCCCUCUGGAACAGAUGAAGCUGUCUGUCCAAGUAAAGUGACUUGUGCUCCUGACCAGUUUGCCUGUAGAGAUGGCACAUGUGUUGCCACAACUAAGCUGUGUGAUGGGACAGCAGAAUGUCCAGGUGGAGAGGAUGAGAACAGAACCAUUUGCUACACUGUUAUCGUGACACCGUCACCCCCAUAUGUCACUCCGACUGUGCCCACUUCAGCUUGUAGGUCCUAUGAGUUCGGCUGUGCCACUCACGGGCAGUGUGUGCCGCAGGCCUGGCUGUGUGAUGGGGAAACAGACUGUAUGGAUGGGAGUGAUGAGAAGCAGUGUACCGCCCCCUGUGGCCCUGGCCAGAUUCCGUGCCUCAGUGGGGACCAGUGUGUUGACUACCACCAUCUCUGUGACGGGACUCCACAUUGCAGGGAUGCAUCAGAUGAGAGCAUAGACAACUGUGGCUCUACCAAGAUACCUCCCUGUCCAGGCAGCUUCUCAUGCGACAACCGCACCUGUGUGAACAUGACACAAGUCUGCAAUGGCAUCCCAGACUGUCCACGGGGCGAUGAUGAGUUGGUGUGUGAUAAGACCGUCUCACCAGUGCCCCCUGGCAGACGGAACACCACUGUCCCCUGCCCUGAAUUCACCUGUAUGGAUGGAUUCUGUAUCCCCAUCAACAUGGUUUGUAACGGUGUGGCAGACUGCCCAGACUCUUCACUAGCACCACUCGGAAGCCCCACAGAUGAGCAGGGCUGUAGAACUUGGAGUUCCUGGGGUCCCUGGAGCCCCUGCAGCACCUCUUGUGGGACGGGCUCCAUGAGCCGGCAGAGAACCUGCCCUCCAGGAGACCCUCUGCGCCAUUGUCGGGGACAGGAUGUUCAGAGGCAGCAGUGCUUCAACACCACCUGCCCAGUGGAUGGUCAGUGGCUGUCCUGGGUGAGCUGGUCAAACUGUUCCAGUGGUUGUGGUGGAGUGCAGGUCCGACACAGAGGCUGCAUCCCUCCUCGCUACGGAGGCCGAGACUGUUCUCAGCUCCCUGGACCAUCCAACCUAACCAUGGAAAUCAAGCCUUGUCCUGACGAUGGAUGUGUCAACACUAGCUGUCCCACUGGGCUGGUGAGACACAGCUGUGCUCCCUGCCCAGUGUCCUGUGCCCACAUCAGGAGUGGGACAACCUGUGAUCCCACAACACCCUGCUUCUCAGGCUGCUGGUGUCCAGACGGCCAGGUGAUGAGCCAUACACAACAGUGUGUGUUACCAGAGGAGUGUGCAUGUGAGGUGGCAGGUGUGCGCUACUGGCCGGGCCAGCAGAUAAAAGUGGACUGUGAAAUUUGUGUUUGUGAGAGAGGAAGGCCUCAGAGAUGUCAGCCCAACCCAGACUGCUCAGUGCAUUGCGGCUGGUCAACAUGGUCUGAGUGGGGAGAGUGUUUAGGGCCCUGUGGCGUCCAGAGUGUUCAGUGGUCUUUCCGCAGCCCAAAUAACCCCACCAAGCACGGAGGUGGGCAAUUGUGCAGAGGAAUUUACAGGAAAGCUCGCCGGUGUCAGACAGACCCCUGUGAUGAGUGCGAGUACCAGGGUCAGUCCCAUGCUGUGGGAGACAGAUGGAGGUCAAAACACUGCCAGUUAUGCCACUGUCUGCCAAGCCUUACAGUGCAGUGUUCCCCCUAUUGUCCAUACGCUGUCACUGGAUGCCCAGAGGGCCAAAGUCUGGUGCCUGGAGAGGGAGACAGGUGUUGUUACUGCCAAGGAGGAAAUAACACCAUUCUUGUGACAAUUAGCCCUGCCACUAUUACUUCUAAGCCAGCAGAGGUUACUACACCCCCGGUCCCCACAUAUCCAUUUCCUCCUGGAGAUGAGUGUUGGUCUCCUCUGGGUGUCCAGUCUUUGCCGGUCUCAAGUUUCAGCGCCUCAUCACAGCAGACUGGUCACCCCCCUGAGGCAGCUCGCCUCCAUGGAUGGGACCCCCACAUAGACCUCCAGGGCUGGAGUCCAGAACCUGAGGAAUAUAAGGACCUACCACAGCGGAGCCCUGAGGGACACACUAGCAACACACAAAGCCCCUAUCUACAGAUAGACCUGCUGAAACCAUACAACAUCACUGGUGUGUUAACCCAGGGUGGUAGUGUGUUUGGCACAUUCGUGUCCAGCUUUUACAUCCAGUUCAGCCAGGACGGCAGACAGUGGCACACUUACAAAGAACUUGUCACUGAUUCCCGGCCCAGAGCCAAGGUUUUUCUCGGUAACCAUGAUGAUCGUGGGGUGGCUGAGACCAGACUGGACAGGAUGGUGUCAGCUCAGUUUGUUCGCCUGCUGCCACAUGACUUUCAGAAUGGCAUCUACCUUCGCCUCGAGAUUAUGGGCUGUGGAGACGGUUAUCACUGGUUAACUACCCCCACCCCUCCUUUGCCAGUCUCCCCAGUGGGUGGCUGCAGAGUGAAGGAGUUCCAGUGCAAAAACGGUCGCUGUGUGCCAGCAGGUCCACUGGGAGUUGUCUGUGAUGGAGUCAAUGACUGUGGGGAUGGAUCAGAUGAGAUGUACUGUGGUACACAGCCAUCCCCUACCGCCACCAGCCCACGCAGCUGCCCUGCUGGUCAGUUCUCCUGUCCCCCACCAGGGGGCUGCAUCGAAGCAGGGCAACGUUGUGAUGGUAUCCUCCACUGUCCCAAAGGAGAGGAUGAAGCUGGGUGCCACCCCCAUGACAACAUCACUACCCAGUCAGACAGACCAUACACACCCACCCCUGCUCCCCUCAGGACUCCAUCCAUGGCUGCUGUCACUCAUCCUGCAGUAACACCAGAAGGUGGUGGCCCAGGAUAUCGUGGCAUCUGCUCCUCUCCCCUUGGACUGGAGGACGGGAGAAUUCGAUAUGGUCAGCUGACCUCAUCCUCGCAUCGUGAGAACAACCCUGCUGAUGCUGGACGACUAAACAUCGUCCCUAACGUUCAGGUUAUGGAGCCUGGAUGGAGUCCCUUGCCUACAGAUGCCCAGCCAUAUUUCCAGGUGGACUUCCUGGAACCCAUGUGGGUAUCAGGGGUGGUGACACAGGGCAGUGAACGCAUGUGGGGUUACCUCACUAAAUACCGCCUGGCCUUCGCACUGCACAGCAGCCUCUUCACAGAUUACAAGGAGAAUGGGAGGCCUGGUGACCCUGCUAAGGUGUUUGAGGUUCGGAUGGUGGGCAGGACCCCUGUGAUCCGCUGGCUCGAUCGGCUGGUCAGAGCUCGUUACUUGCGCAUCAUCCCUGUGGAGUUCAGACACACCUUCUAUUUGCGUGUUGAGAUCCUUGGGUGCAGAGGUGAUGAGCUAGUGACCCCCAGCAGUGUGACCUCAUCUCCCUCUGGUGGUGGGAAAGUGACGGUGCAGCACUGUGAGCCAGGCCAGUUUGCAUGCCAGCACAGUGAACAGUGCGUCUCUGUCUCUAUGCUUUGUGAUGGUCAACCGGACUGCAAGGACCACUCUGACGAGAUCAGCUGUGGUACCGCUCCAACCAGAAGCUCUCCUGUGCUGCAGAACCAGACCAGCUCCUCAGGGAGACCAGGCUUCCAUGGUGACAGCACAACGGGUGCCCCAGGCCUCCAUACCACCAGCUCCCAGGGUGGCAUUCCUGGUGUGGCUACAUCAGGUGUCACAGGUCAACCUGGACUUCAGAAGACCACAAUUCCAAGUACUGGCCAUUGGACCACCAAAUCUUCCAUCUACCCAGGGGUCACCACAGGUCAGCCUGGACUGCACCUAACCACAACCCUUCACUCUGGAAGACCUGGUCUACAAACCACAAAAGCCCCGUGGAUCACCUCAGCCCCUGAUGAUGGUGGCCUUCCCAGAGUGCUUUGUGUGGAGGGCCAGUUUGCAUGCCAGUCAUUUGGCUGCGUGGACUCUGCGCUGGUGUGCGACGGCAGACGUGACUGUUUGGAUGGGUCAGACGAGGAACACUGUGGCACCACCACCAGACCAGUGGUGACUCCGCCGCGCCCCCUGGUGCCGAGCCCAUGCUCUCCCAAGCAAUUCCCCUGUGUCAGUGGGGAGUGUGUUCACCUGGACCGCAGGUGUGACCUACAGAAGGACUGCGUGGAUUGGUCAGAUGAGAAAGACUGUGUGGACUGCAUCAUGUCCCCGUGGACAGCUUGGAGUGCAUGUAGUGUUUCCUGUGGUCUGGGCUCCUUGUUUCGGCAGAGGGACAUACUGAGGGAAGCUCUGCCUGGAGGGGCCUGCGGCGGAGCCCAGUUCGACAGUCGAGCCUGCUUCCCUCGAGCAUGUCCAGUCGAUGGCCACUGGUCAGAGUGGACAGAGUGGUCAGAGUGUGAUGCUCAGUGUGGAGGUGGAGUCAGGUGGAGGAACAGAACAUGCUCUGCCCCCCCCCCUAAAAAUGGUGGGAAAGACUGCGAGGGCAUGACCCUGCAGAGCCAGAGCUGCAACAGCCAGUCCUGCACCAAAGACAUCGGCACACAGACAGGUUGUGUCAACGGCAUGGUCCUGGUGACUGAGGCAGACUGCCAGGCUGGAAGAGUUGAGCCUUGUCCUCCGACCUGCUCACAUCUCAGCUUGACCAACAACUGCACUGCAGCAUGUGUACUGGGGUGUCGCUGUCCCAAUGGUCUGUACCUUCAGGAGGGGCGAUGUGUAAAUGCCAGCCAAUGUGUCUGUCACUGGGACAGCCAAAUACUGCAGCCAGGACAGACAGUCAGCAGGGACCAGUGUACCACAUGUGUGUGCAGGGAUGGAAAAGUCACCUGUGAAACCUCCAGCUGUGUGGUGAGCUGUCAGUGGUCAGCCUGGUCGUCGUGGUCACCAUGUGAUGUUACCUGUGGUCUGGGGCUACAGCAACGCUACAGGUCCCCAGUGAACCGGACAGGAGCUGUCAGAGUCCAGCCCUGUCCAGGAGACUCCGCUGAGACCCGCAGCUGCUCCAGCCCCUGCCUCCCUGUGCUGCCAGACGGUGUUUGGAGUAAAUGGACUGGCUGGUCAGAGUGCAGUAAGACAUGUUUCAACCUCGUGAAUGAGGUGGGAAUCAGACGACGGUUCCGCAGCUGCAACCACACACAUACACCAUUCAACUACACGCACUCUGGCUGUGAUGGGGACGGUGAGGAGCAAGAGCCCUGCAACACUAUACACUGUCCAGUGAAUGGCGGCUGGUCAGCCUGGUCACCGUGGUCUCAGUGUUCAUCUGAGUGUGACUCUGGUGUUCAAACAAGAGAGCGAUUCUGCAGUUCACCGUCACCACAGCAUGGGGGCUACAGCUGCCCUGGGCCACACAUGCAGACAAGAGACUGCAACUCCCACCCCUGCUCAGGUGAGUGUCCGGAGGGCAUGGCGUACAUGACAGCAGCUGAGUGCGAGGCUCACGGUGGUGCCUGUCCGCGGGUCUGUUUGGACAUGACCUCCACAGACGUGCAGUGCGCCACUGCCUGUUAUGACGGCUGCUACUGCGCCCCGGGCUUCUACCUGCUGAAUGGCAGCUGUGUGCCCUUGGCACAGUGCCCGUGUUACCAUCAGGGGGAAAUGUACCCAGCUGGUGCCACCCUGCUUGUCGAUGCUUGCAAUAACUGUACCUGCACUAAUGGAGAAAUGGAGUGUGGAAGAGCUCCUUGCUCAGUGGACUGUGGCUGGAGCAGCUGGACCCAAUGGAGCGCCUGUAGUCGAACAUGUGAUGUUGGUGUGAGAAGGAGGUAUCGUUCCGGAACUAAUCCUCCACCAGCGUUCGGGGGUCGUCCCUGCAAAGGAGACAGAGUUGGGAUCGAUACCUGCAGCAUCGAACCUUGCUUUGGUGUGAAGGAGCCUUGGAGUACAUGGUCAGAGUGCUCAGCGACAUGUGGAGGAGGUUACAGGACCCGAACCCGCGGGCCGAUUCGAAUCCACGGCACCGCUCAGCAGUUCAGCGCCUGUAAUCUGCAGCCCUGUGGUGAUGGCCGAGUGUGUCCUCCAGGCCAGGAUUGGACACAGUGUGUGAGGGGGGCAGUGUCGUGUACAGAGCUUGCAGUGGACCUCAGCCGGAACUGCACACCUGGCUGCCAGUGUCCACAAGGGACUUUCCAACAGGAUGGUGCGUGUGUGCAAGAGUCUGACUGCCGCUGUGAUGUGGAUGGGGAGCAGUACAAACCAGGAGACAUUGUCCCCACAGACUGCAACAACUGUACUUGUGAAGCAGGGAGGCUGGUAAACUGCUCUCAAGACAGCUGCAAUGUUGAUGGCCAGUGGUCCAUGUGGACUCCUUGGGGUCAGUGUUCGGUGUCGUGUGGAGCAGGUCUCCAGUCUCGGUACCGGUUCUGUUCUAGUCCCCAGCGCUCUGGAAGGGGACUGCCGUGUCUGGGACCUCGUAGAGAGGACCAAGUCUGCAUGAACACCCCAUGCAACCGUGACGGUGGAUGGGAUCAGUGGAGUAAUUGGACGGAGUGUACCAAGUCAUGUGGUGGGGGGAUUCGGAGCAGGAGGAGAGAGUGUGACAGUCCCACUCCACAGGGGGAGGGAAAUUACUGUGAGGGCCUGGGAACUGAGGUCAUAGCCUGUAACACUGACCAUUGUCCAGUUGCUCCAUGUUCUCAGGUUCCAGGCACAGUGUUCAGUAGCUGUGGUCCCUCCUGCCCUCGCUCCUGUGAUGACCUGGCACACUGUGAGUGGCGAUGUGAGCCAGGGUGCUACUGUACGGAGGGAAAGGUCCUGUCUGCUAAUGGGACGGUCUGUGUAGAGCGAGAAGACUGCCCCUGCCUUGACCUCAGCACUGGACACUGGUUGGAACCAGGAGAGACCACCAAAGCCAAUGAUGGGUGUAACAACUGCACCUGUGAGGGUGGGAGGCUCAACUGCACUGGAUACGCCUGCCCAGUGUCAGGUGACUGGUGUGAGUGGUCAGAGUGGACUCCUUGCUCCAGGACCUGUGGGGCAGAGUUGGUUUCCCGCUACAGGAGCUGUGGCUGUCCUGAGCCCAAGGCUGGAGGAGCAGCCUGUUCUGGAGAACAGGAAAUACACAGUGGGGUCGGAGUUCAAAUCCAGAGACAGCCCUGCCCUGUCAUCACCUUCUGUCCAGUCCACGGUUCAUGGAGUCCCUGGUCAGCGUGGUCGGACUGUGAUGGGUGCGCCGGAUCGUCCGCUCGCACCAGGGAAUGUAACAGUCCUCCUGCCAGGUUUGGUGGCCUGCCCUGUCUUGGAGAGAGCAGGCAGAGCCGCAGUUGCCAUGACAACGUCACCGUCUGCUCAGACUGUCGUGGAGGCCAGGAAGAAUGGCCUUGUGGGAAGCCCUGUCCUCGCUCCUGUUCGGAUCUCCAUGGCGACACAGUGUGCUUGGACUCCCCUGGGUGCAGCCGGACUUGCGGUUGUCCAGGUGACAUGGUUCUGCAGGAUGGAGUUUGUGUGGCCAGGGAGGAGUGUCGCUGCAAAUACCACAACAGCUCUGCUACUGGUGGUCUAGAUUCCAGCAAUGCAUCAUGGGUAUGGCCCGGUGGGUCUGACUGGCAGUUUGCAAAUCCAGGAGACAGCAUCAUCAGUGACUGCAAAAACUGUUCAUGCGAGGCUGGGGUUCUGCAGUGUCAAUCAGUCCCUGGUUGCCAUGUUGAUGGUGGCUGGAGCCAAUGGGGAGCCUGGACCGAGUGCUCGCUUCCUUGUGGAGGAGGAGUCAAGUUCAGGAGACGCCAGUGUGACAAUCCGUCUCCUCAGAGUGGUGGAAGAGGCUGCCUGGGAGUCACUGAGCAGCAGAAAGACUGCAACAUACACCCGUGUACAGACUCAGUGGGCCAGUGGCUGCCCUGGUCUCAGUGGUCUGUGUGUUCGGUCAGCUGUGGUGGAGGGCAGCAGUCCCGCUCUCGUCUCUGCAGCUCUCCACCCUGCAGCGGCCUCAGUCGCCAGAGCAAGAAGUGCAACACCCAGGUCUGCCUCGACGUGGGCUGCCCUCCUGGCAAGCUAUACAGGGAGUGUGAACGAGGUGAAGGCUGUCCGUUCAGCUGCAUUCAGGUCAGCGGCAGAGAGGGCUGCUACUCCGAUGGCUGCGAGGAAGGCUGCCACUGCCCUCCGCACACCUACCAACACCACGGAGUCUGCCUGCAGGAGUGUCCGUGUCUGGUCGCCAAAGAGUUUCUGGCAUCCUUGGAGAGUGUCUCUGUCACACCGGUCUCAUCUCUGCUCCUCUACAACAUCUCUGAGGGGAUGGAACUUCAGUCUGGUGACACACUGGUCCAUGACUGCAGCACAUGCGGAUGUGAACAUGGCAAGUGGAAUUGUUCCUUGAAGCAUUGCCCAGUCAAUGGUGGCCUGUCGCCCUGGGGCCCCUGGAGCCAAUGCUCACUGUCCUGUGGCGGUCUGGGACUGAAAACUCGGUCCAGGGGCUGCACUCAGCCUGCCCCAGCCCAUGGAGGGAGAGAUUGCCAGGGGCCACGCCAGGAAACCACCUACUGCCAGGCCCCUGACUGCCCAGUGACUGUUGGUCCUACAGAAGAACCAGUUUUACCGGAUGAGGAUGCUGGCUUCACUCCGUGGUCAUUGUGGAGUCCCUGCACUAAGACCUGCACCGAUGCUCUUAGGCCGGCCAUGAAGUCCCGUCAUCGAAUAUGUAUAAAACCUCCCUGCUCUGGAAGCUCUCACCAAGAGAAGGCCUGUAACCUGCCCCAGUGUUCAGAUGGAGAUGAGAUAUGUGUGGGAGCCGAUUGUGCGAGGAGGAACUGUUCCUGGACGGAGUGGGGGGAGUGGGGCUUCUGUUCACGAUCCUGUGGAGUGGGUCAGCAGCAGAGGAUCCGAACCUUCCUCAGCCCCGGGGCCAAUGGCUCAUGGUGUGAGGACAUCCUUGGAGGGAAUCAGGAACAGCGCUUCUGUAACAUCAGGCCCUGCAGAGUGGAUGGAGGUUGGUCCCGGUGGAGUCCCUGGUCCCACUGUGAUAAGCGCUGUGGUGGCGGGCGCUCUAUACGCACUCGCUCCUGCUCCAGCCCACCACCCAAGAACGGUGGGAAAAAGUGUGAGGGAGAGAAGAACCAGGUCAAACCCUGCAACACUAAACCCUGCGAAGAGAAAGGUUGCCCGCCGGGCCAGGAGUUUGUGUCGUGUGCCAACCAGUGUCCACAGCGUUGCUUAGACCUCCAGCAGGGCAUAGAGUGCCAGGGCAACACCGAAUGUCAGCCUGGCUGUCGCUGCCCUAAAGGCCAGUUGCAGCAGGACGGGACGUGUGUACAGCUUUGGCAGUGUGACUGUGUGGACUCCCUGGGACAGAUCUGGGCAGCGGGCAGCUGGCAUCAGCUGGACUGUAACAACUGCAGCUGCACUAAUGGACAGCUCCUCUGCACCAAUCACAGCUGCCAGGCAAUGUGUGUUUGGAGCUCCUGGUCCAGUUGGGCGUCCUGCAGCGUUUCCUGUGGGCAGGGCCAGAGAACCAGAUACAGGUCUCUGAUCCCAGAGACUGAAGGAACAGAUUGCCAGUUCGAGGAAGUCCAGCAUAAAUCCUGUGACCCAGGACCCUGCCCGCCCCUCUGUCUCCAUGACAACCAGGAACUCAGUGUGGGAGACACCUGGCUGCAGGGAGAGUGUAAACAAUGCACAUGUACCCCAGAGGGAGAUUACUGCCAAGAUAUUGACUGCAGAGUGGAUGGUGGUUGGACCCCCUGGUCAGUUUGGGCCGACUGCUCAGUGACCUGUGGACAGGGGACACAGGUUCGAACCCGUGCCUGCAUCAACCCCCCACCACGAAACAAUGGAUCUUACUGUAGUGGGCCAGAGAGAGAAAGCCAGGAAUGUCAUACCCCUCCCUGUCUGGAUGACCUUUGCCCCUGGUCCCCAUGGUCACCAUGUUCCCGGAGCUGUGGUGCAGGGUCCGUGUCGCGGCGCAGGGUGUGUGAGUGUGAGGAGGGAGGUGAUUCAGCAUGUCCCACUGAGAUUGAGGCUGAGAGGAACCGAGAGGAGACCCAGCUGUGCUACAAACGGCCCUGCCCAGGCUGUCCCAUGUCCGAGUGGAGCGUUUGGUCUCAGUGCUCUUGUGUGUCUCAGAGGCAGCAGCGCUACCGCGUAGCGCUCUCCCCAGCCACCAGGGGACAACAGUGCACUCCUGUUGAGACACAGAGCAGGACAUGCAGCCUCAGUGAAUGUGAUGACUGUGAAGCCCCAUUUGUGUACUCAGACUGUGGUGCGCCCUGCGAGAAGCAGUGUGCGCUGCAGGGCCAGGGAGAUCUGUGUUUAGGUGUCAGGGAGUGUACACCUGGCUGCUACUGCCCACAGGGUCUGCUGCAGCAGAAUGGUAGCUGUGUUACUCCAAAGGAAUGUGGCUGUGUCCACCUGCAGCCCCAAGCUUCAGGACAACCACCUACACCUGUUACUGUCCCUCAGGGCGCCACGGUCACCAUAGGCUGCAGUACCUGCCUUUGCCAUGGUGGGAUUUUGCAGUGUGACAUGAGAGAGUGUGAAGUCAUCAUCAGCGAGUGGUCAGAGUGGACUCCCUGUUCCCCCUGUGUACUCUCUUCCUCCCUGCAGCACAGCACUUCCCAAGCAGGGGAUAUCAGUGGCACUAAAAUGGUCUCAAUCCAGAGGCGUUUCCGGGCCUGUUUGGAUCUCGAUUCUGGUCUUCCAGUCUCUAGAGAGGAGGAGAGCCAAUGUCCAGGACUGCUGGUAGAAGAGAGGCUCUGUCCAGAUGCUAACAUCUGCAGAGAUCUGUGUCAGUGGAGUGUGUGGAGUGCCUGGACAGCCUGUGCAGAGCCAUGCAGCGGUGGAGUCAGGCAGCGCUACAGACGGCCCUUAGCAUCUCCUCUGGGACCCCGCUGUAGGAGCCAACAGACCCAGAGCCAGAGCUGCAACACGGGAGUCUGCCUAGGUGAGCGUUGUGAGGAUAGGGGACGGACCUACCAAGAGCGCUGUGCCAAUCAGUGCCCUCGCAGCUGCGCUGACUUAUGGGAGCAUGUUCAGUGUCUUCAAGGAGCCUGUCACGCUGGUUGUCGGUGUCCAGAGGGACAGUUGUUGCAGGACGGUCACUGUGUGCCAGUGACAGAGUGUCGCUGUGGUAUCCCAUCAGGCAAUGGGACGCUGGAGUUCAGACCCAAAGAGGAGCUUACUAUGGAUUGUAACAACUGUGUGUGCGUGAAUGGCACUCUGGUGUGCACCAAGCUUCCCUGCCCGGUUUAUGAGCCCUGGAGCCCAUGGAGCGCCUGCUCAGCUUCCUGUGGGCAUGGCCAGAGGACAAGAACACGCCUCUGCCAGGAAACAGAGGGCGGCCCUUCCUGUGCUGCCACCAUGCAGACAGAGAGCUGUGACCUGCCAACAUGUCCAGUGGGUUGCUUGUUGAGCAAGUGGUCACGCUGGAGUGAGUGCAGUGCUACAUGUGGUGGCGGGUUGUCGAUGCGGAACAAGACAGUCCUUAGAGAGCCAGAACCUGGUGGGAUGGCCUGUGUUGGACCACUUGAGCAGCACACUGUCUGUAACACCAACAGCUGCCUGCCUGAGUGUCCCAGCGGGCAGGUAUUCAGUGACUGUUCAGGUUCCUGUCCAUAUACCUGCGAGGACCUGUGGCCACACACUCAGUGUUUACUUGGAAACUGCACCCCUGGGUGUACCUGCCCUCCUGGACAGGUAUUGUAUAGAGGCUCAUGUGUGUCCCACGCUGACUGUCCCUGUUCAGCACUCUCCCUGCCGACUGGUUACCAAAGCUUGAAUGUCAGCACUGUGGGCAUCACAGAAGCUCUGCUGCCACCUGGAACAGCCAUUCAGCACCUCUGCAACACAUGUGUGUGCCAAGGUGGAGGGUUCAACUGCACCUCUGAGCUCUGUGAUGUGGACUGUGCGUGGUCCAGCUGGUCCCAGUGGAGUCCCUGCUCAGCCAGCUGUGGUACGGGGCAACAGAGCUCCACCAGAAUCAUCCUGCAGCACAGCCAGUAUGGAGGGGCCCCAUGCGAGGGACCUGGCCACCGUACCACGACCUGCACGGCCCCUGACUGUGUCUGUCCUGACAGGGAGCAUUGGAAGAGGAGCGUGUCAGAGGAGGUCCCGCUGUGUGAGAGGAGCUGCCAGGACAUCUACUCCUCCUUUCCUGUCAACUGCAGUCACUCUGCCGAGGGCUGCGUGUGUCAGGAGGGGCUUUAUCGAACAACCGAGGGUGUGUGUGUCAUCCCCGCCCUCUGCCCCUGCCAUGACCAGGGCAUUCUGCGAGAGGCAGGAUCAGAGUGGGAGGAGGGCUGCACAUCAUGCCGCUGUGUAAACGGGAAAAAACUGUGCCAGUUGAGAUGUCCUCCACUCCACUGUGAUGAGGGGGAGGUCAAGGUGAAGGAACCAGGCAGCUGCUGUCCAGUCUGUAGAAAGCAGUUUCCAGACAAGCCCCUGCCAGAGUGUCGUCGCUACAUGCAGGUCAGGAACAUCACCAAGGGGGACUGUCGGCUUGACAACGUGGAGGUCAGCUUCUGCAGGGGACGCUGUCUGUCGAGGACCGAUGUCAUCCUGGAGGAGCCGUAUCUCCGGUCAGUUUGUGAGUGCUGCAGUUACCGUUUGGAUCCCGACAACCCCGUCCGUUUCCUCAGCCUACAGUGUGAGAACGGAGAGAGCGAGCCGGUUGUCCUGCCUGUCAUACACAGCUGCGAGUGCACCAGCUGCCAAGGAGGUGACCUGUCCAGACGCUGAGGGAGUAUCUCGAGCGGGAGUGUUUGUGUGAAUGUGUGUAUGCACUAGAGAGAGUGAGAGCAGUAUGAACGCCCAGCCAAGCGAGAGCACUACACCGAGAGCCAGCCGGGUGAUACAUGGAGGAGUUUGGGAUGGAUAGAUAGAUGGAUGGAUGAAAGAGUGGGAAAAUGUGGUGAAAAGUCUGGAAAAAGUCCCUGUUGAUGCACACAUUGUCCUGUAAUCCUUAGUCAUCAUAUGACUGGAUGCUACUGCUGAUCUUAGAGUUCCUGUUCUAAAACUGUGUUUAUUCUUAAGCCUGUACAGCCUUUUUCUACUUUAUAUUUAUAGAUUAAAGGACCUAUGAUACAAUCCACGUAAGACCUAUUAUGCAUUUAUAUGUUUCAUUUGUAUGUUUAAAGAAAGUGUAUAUGUACCAGCAGUCUCCUUAAAGUUGGACUUUACAGUAACUGGUUAGAGGAUUUACAUUGUUACAGUUUAUAGUGCAUUACUGGUCAAUA